GGUUGUUGACCGCCAUGUUGGGUGUGGCUAUGAAGUGACGCUUUUACACUGCGCCGGAAGUGACGUCACUUCGCCGUCUCAGAGAUUCCUGGCGGCGUGGGAGCCGCAGCCAUGACCCGGUCCCGGCGGCAGGUGGAGGCGUCCCGGAAGAAGCGCGUCCAGGCCCGGCGCGCCCGUGUCGGGAUGAAGAAGGAGCCGGGGGUGCCGCAGCUCGGCCGCUUCGCCGCCCUCGCGCAGAGCCGGAGCAAGGCCAGGCAGAGGCGGCCACUGCAGGGACAGCAGCGCUCACACCUGGCCGUGCACCUGGCGGACGCUCUGCAGCGACAGCAGCGCUUCCAGAGCCAGGAGAAGGAAGAGGAGGAGGAGAAGCCCCCCCAGCCCCCCCAGGAGGAGGCGUCGCUGCGUCACUUCGGGCGGGAGCUGCGCAAGGUGCUGGCGGCGUCUGACGUGGUGCUGGAGGUGCUGGACGCCCGGGACCCCCAGGGCUGCCGCAGCCCCCGGCUGGAGGGGGCCCUGCGGCCGCAGCAGCGCCUCGUGCUCGUCCUCAACAAGAUCGACCUGGUGCCGCAGGACGUGGUGGCCGCGUGGCUGAAGCACCUGAGGAACGAGUUCCCCACCGUGGCCUUCAAGGCGUGCACGCAGCAGCAGAGCCAAAAGCUGAAGCAGAGCUGGAUGCCGGCGGACACGGCCCCCAAGGACGUGCUGGCCGGGGGGCCCUGCGUGGGGGCCGAGAACCUGCUGCACAUCCUGAGGAACUACGGGCGCUGCGGGGAGGGCAGGAGCUCCAUCACCGUGGGGGUCGUGGGGUACCCCAACGUGGGCAAGAGCAGCCUCAUCAACAGCCUCAAGCGCAGCCGCGCCUGCGGGGUGGGGGCCAUGCCCGGGGUCACCAGGUGCUUGCAGGCCGUGCAGCUGGACGGGCACAUCCGGCUCCUGGACUGUCCGGGUGUGGUGCUGGACUCUGGGGACCCCCCGGCCGCCGCCACCCUGAGGGGGGCCCUGGCCCCGCAGCGCCUGCGGGACCCCCUGAGCCCUGCCUGCGCCAUCCUGCGCCGCUGCCCCCCCCAGCAGCUGAGCCAGCUCUAUGGGGUGCCCCCCUGCAGCGACCCCCUGCAGUUCCUGGCCCACCUGGCCCGGCGGCAGGGCCGGCUCCGCCCGGGGGGGCUCCCGGACGCCCACGCCGCCGCCACGGCCCUGCUGCGCGACUGGACCGGAGGGAAGAUCACAUACUACACCCACCCCCCCAAAUCUCAGGGGGUGCAGCUGGAGGCCCAAAUCCUGCCGGUGCUGGGGCCAGCGCUGGACCUGGAGGCUCUGGAACGGGGCGAUGCCGAGGCCCUGGCAGCUGUCCCAGUGACGGUGACAGGGCUGGGGCUGUCCCCGGAGGAGGAGGGGGAAGGAGAAGCCAUGGAGGACGACAGCGGCGAGCCAGAGCUCGGCACGGUGACGGUGGAGCUGAAGCCGCGGGUGAAGCCGGGGGGCGCUGGGGGGGAGCCGGUGCCCCGAGCCCCCCGGCUGGAGGAGGUGGCCGCGCUCCCCCCGCUGCUCCAGGGGCAGGGGCUGCAGGCGGCUGGGAAAAGGAGGAAAAAACUGCAGAAAAGAGCAGAGAAAAUCGCCACCAAGCUCUCGGAGACGCUGGAGGCGGCCAUGCAGUUCUGAGGGAGCCUCAAAUUAAAUUAAAAUUAAUUAAAUAAAUACGUUUUUAAUAUUU